UAUUCAGAACAACCUAUAAUAUAGCUAGCUUACAAUCAGACAACUCAAUGCAUUGUCCAGUCAAAUGUCAUGUCUACAAUCAAUAGAUCUAUUCUCUCUCCGAAGGUGAAGCCAUGUCCUGCUCAGCCUGCCAGUCGACUUCUCUGCGCACAUUUCUCUUCAGCAGCCUACUGCUGUUUGGCUUACUUUGCAUUCUCUUCACAUAUAUGUCUGACUUCAAGUACCCCAAUUUUGGCAUUUACAUGAAGAAAGGCCGUCAAUUCUGUCCGACAUUUCUGUGCGCAGAGAGAGAACAGACCCAGGACCCAAACAACAACAGUUCUGCAGAGCUGCACAUUAACCCACAACCCAGCGACACCCAGAAGAUCCAGGCAGCAGCAGUGGACGCUGAGCCCGACACUAUAGUAUUGAUCUGGAAGUUUCCAUUUGGCCAAAAACAUGAUAUGAACUGCAGUAUUUUCAAUAUUGUAAAAUGCCGCUUGACAGCUGACAAGACACUAUACCCUAAGGCCCACGGGGUUCUCUUCCACCACAGGGAUCUAGGAGGCAUGCCGACAGAACCGCGUCCCUAUUUUCAGAAAUGGGUGUGGUUCAAUAUGGAGUCACCUGCACACACAACUCCAAACCCUAAACUUAAUGACGUAUUCAACUUAACAUGCAAUUAUCGCCUCAAUUCAAAUAUUCCAGUGCCUUAUGGGUCUCUGGUGCCAGUGAUGUCACAAGAUAAAAGUUUCAAAUUGCCAGCAAAGGACAAGUUGGUGUGUUGGAUCGUGAGCAACUGGAACCCGGGGUCAAAGAGAGUUCAGUUCUACAAUGAACUGAAGAAACACAUCAACAUUCAUACUUAUGGAAGAGCCUUUGGCCAUCGUCCAAGUGACGAAGGCUAUAUAGAGAUAGUUUCUAGUUGUAAAUUCUACCUCUCCUUUGAAAACUCUAUCUACAAAGACUACAUCACAGAGAAGGUAUACAGACCUAUGAUGUUGGGAACUGUACCAGUAGCUCUGGGCCCUCAAAGACAAAACUAUGAGGACCAUAUCACACCUGAUUCUUUCAUUCAUGUCGAUGACUUUUCCACUCCAAAGGAGCUGGCAGAGCAGCUACUUUACCUUGACCAAAAUCAUACAGAAUACAUGAGAUACUUUAGCUGGACAAGCAGGUAUAAAGUUAAAUCGACUAAGUUUGGAAGUGAACAUGCUUGCCAAACUUGUAAAUACUUACAAAACCACAAGGAGUACCAAGUUGUUCGUAAUCUUAACGAAUGGUUCUGGGGUUAACAUGUUGUCAUCACUCACAUCGAAAUUCUACAUAUUGUGUCUUUAAUUCACUUCUUUGCUGAAGGUGUCAUAAUGCACUCAACUGUUACAUUUCUAAGAAGUUACAGAAAGUCUGUAGUGAUAAUAAUCUUGGAUUCUGUGGUUUGUAGCUUCAC